GUUGAUUUCCUUGACUAACGUGAAAAAUUUUUGUAAAAAUGUCUGGAAUAUAUGCGUUUUUUUUGGACUAAAUCAAAACAAUUACAGACAAUUAAAACUUCAUACAUACCUGUCCAUUCACGAUAUGAAAAUGCUAGUGUAAAAUUAAAGUGGAAAAAUAAACGAUCAAAAUUAUUUGAAGUGUUAGAUGCUAAAAUUUUGAAAAUAAGUGAUGAUAAAGAUCUGUUGGAAAAUAUUUCUGUUGAUGAAAAUACUGGUCGAAUCCUCGAUGUAACGACAAAAGCGUUUUUAAGAACUGUUUUCGUGUAAAACGGACCGACUUAAAACAUAAACAAAGAACACUUGUUCAAGUUCAUGAAGAAGAAAUAAUUGCAGAUGGAAAGACAAUUUUUGAUGAAUAUUCCAAAAAUAAAUUGAAGAAAUUAUCAAAUAAUACUUCAAUUAUAUCUCGAAAUGGAAAUCGAACAAAUCAGCCAUCAAAAACAGCAACAAUAUGGACAACAACCAUUUUGGCAACAAUUACAAGCAUCCGACGCACAUAA